AUGGAAGCUCUUCCUAAGCUUCGAUUACUCAUAUUGAAGUCCAACAAGUUUGAUGGUAACAUGUCGUUGGCUUCACGAAGCAACCUUCCAUUUCAAAAGUUGCAAGUUUUAGAUAUAUCUGACAAUGAAUUUGUGGGGUCUCUCCCUCAAACAUAUUUCAAGAACUUUAGAGCAAUGAUGGAUGUGAAGGAAAAUAAGACAGAUCUAAUUACAAGUAUUGAUUAUUUUCUAAGGUAUGUGGAGAUGAGAAUCACCUUGAAAGGCUUGGAUCAGUUAUUGAAGAGAUUGUUGGAAGACUUUACAAUCAUUGACUUAUCCUCCAAUAAAUUCUCUGGGACUAUUCCACGUUUCAUAGGUAAUCUUAAUUCUUUGAGAUACUUGAAUUUGUCGCACAAUAAUCUCAUGGGACACAUACCUGCAUCUCUUGGAAAUAUAAGUGUGCUUGAAUCAUUGGACUUGUCAUCGAACAAAUUGGAUGGAAGAAUUCCAAGUGAAUUGACGAGGUUGACAUUUCUUGCGAAAUUAAACCUUUCAAUGAAUGAUCUUGUGGGGCAAAUACCACAAUCUACUCAGUUUUCCACAUUUGAGAAUGAUUCAUAUGUGGGAAACUUGAGAUUGUGUGGAGUUCCGUUGACGAGAAAAUGCAACGAGGAGAAUGGGCAGCAGAUGCGGCCAAAAGAAGAAGAUGAUGAAGAUGAUGAGUAUGGAUUUAUAGAUGGAUUUGGAUGGUGA